CAGCACGCAGCGUUGUUUUUUUUUUUUUUUUUAUCUAAGGGAGGGAGGAAACUUUUAUUAAACACGGUCGUGCUCAAGGAAACGGCUACAAACCAGGAAGAGCAUGAUGCAGAGCAACAGAUGAUAUUAGGCUUAAAGCUUUUAAUAGACAUGGAAAAGGAAAGCAAUCUUGCAUAACAUUGGGAUAAAAACAAACAAAUCAACGAUUAAGAGAGGAGGGGUUGAUCAGAAACAAAGGCAGCAGUGUGAUGGUAUGUUGGACCAGGGCGAAAUUUGCAACUGCAAAUGAGCUCCAACAGUGCACGUGGCUGCCGUCCCAACGAACCCACCAUGCCAAUUGAACUCGCCAUGCCGAUUUAUCUGACAAAUGAAGAGUUCCUGAACCCAAGGUUGUCUAAAUACAGCAGGCCCUUGCGGCCAUGUCUACACCAGUACCAAAGUACCAAACUUAGUUUUGGCUCUCCUAGGGAGCAGUCAGGGUCACAUGGGGCCAGCGCACCCAUGGAGAUACCUGGCUGGGCCAAAAAACGAGUAUCUUUUGCUGAUCACAAGGGCCUCGCCCUGACAAUGGUGAAGACCUUUUCUGAAUUUGAUGAUCCCAUUGAUGUCCCAACCAAUAUCGUGCAGUUUUUUAGCUCUUCACUGACACUGCCAGAAGGGAAGGACAGGUUAACCCUCGACUUUGACCAGCCGUCUGCAGAUUACUUAAAGUUUCGUCAACGUAUAGAAAAUGAAAACAUCUGCCUCGAACACUGCAUGCUUAAGGAAAAAUCUAUAGCAGGCACGGUCAAAGUCAAAAACCUUUCCUUUGAGAAGGCCGUUAAGCUUCGCAUUACGUUUAACACUUGGAAAAGUCACACAGACAUAGAAUGCCAGUACGUAAAGGACACUUACACCGGCUCAAACCGUGAUACCUUUUCAUUCGAGGCUACUUUGCCUGAUCAGGUGCCGCCACAUGAACGCAUUGAGUUUGCCAUUUGCUAUGAGGUCAAUGACGUAAUGCUCUGGGAUAACAACCAAGGACAGAAUUACAGAAUCGUUCAAUCAGCACUAAAGAAGAAUUCAAAUGACUUGAUCGGUGACCAUCAGCGAUAUGGUGUGUGUGAUUGGGAUGUUCAUUUUGACCGAUACGGCAGCCCCAGAUGCUCUCGUGGAAUCUUUCCCAAUUGGCCAAGCUAUGCUGGAUAUGAAGACAUUGGUCCGUAUUACUGAGAAUCUGCUUUUGGGGUAGUUUAUCCUUGCAUACAUAUCCAUCAAACAUUGUGAUAAAUGCCUCUUUAAAAAACACAGCAACUUUGACGUUGUUCUUUGACCAAGGACCUGUUGGACUGUGAAGCCAUAUGGACACUUGAGAUGUUUAUUGUCAAUAAUAUUGGAUUAUAUUGUGUAAUAGGAUGUUAUGUUUUUAAAAAUACUGUUCAUGGUGCUAUACGAAUGUAAUUAUGAGGGUAAAUUUGUUUGUUUUCCAGUGCCUGUCAAAUGCAUUGAUGCUAGUUUCUGUGCAGGGUUGUGUGAAAGUUCUCGAGGUUGAUUUUGGGUUUGCGUGGACCUUUAUAAAAUGAUAGUGUUAAUUAAGUCUAGAUAAAUCUGCAGACCAGUAUAUGCUAAACUGUAAAUCAUGAUCAUAACAUUUCAGUUGAAAUGAACUUCUUUCUUGAGAGCAACAAAUGGUUUUGAUCUGAAAAACAUUAAGAGCAAAGACAGAAUGGCCCAAAAAGAAAUCGGUGUUUUUCCCAAAAGAUGUGAGACCAGAGUUGAACUGGAUAUAUGUAUGCAAAUUAUUUCAUGUUUUUGUUCUUUCCUGAACAGCUCAUUUUAAUGUAAAACUCUAAAAGUAUUUACAUUUCUGUAUUUUAAUUGACUAUGACUGAUUCUCACUAUGAUUGACUGCACAAAAGGAUUAUGAUAUUAGUGAUGUAAGUUAAUAUGUAAUGUGUUCCAUUUGUUCAAGGUAAUGUAUGCACUUUAAUUUGUUGUUUCAUUUCUUGUCACCCAUUUUAAAUUGCAUUGUUUGAGUGUGAAUACAGGUUUGCCAGAACCACUUUAAAGACAUUGUAAAAAAAAAAGUUAUCUCAAUGGUAUUAGGUAUGUUCAUUAUUUGCAAUUUAAUGCAAUGUUUUAAAUGUUCAUAGUCAUUGAAACUUCAAAUAAAGUAUUGGAGCA